AGCGCGUCAGUGACGUCAGUGUCUUCCCUUCCCGCCUGAAACAGAAACUGAGGUAGAAGAGCUAUCGACUCGUUAGCUACAUACAUUGCACAAUGGAUGACCUUUACUUGGAUAAUAUUGAUGAAUUUGUCAACGACCAGAAUAAAAUCGUGACCUACAAAUGGCUGAGUCUCACCCUUGGGGUCCAUGUCAACCUAGCCAAACAAAUGCUCUACCAUUACUUGGAUCAAAAGAGGAAAGAAGGCUCUGCUCGGCUCCAUGCUACCUACCUUGUGUCUGGGAAGUUUGUUGAGAAUGGUACCACGAGUCACAAGGUGUCAGUAGUGCGAGAGGAUCAGCUGGAGGAUGCGAAGUCAAAGAUGAGCCUGACGGUCAGCGUACACGUGUACAGUGUUCAGAAGGCUGUGCUGAAAGACAGCGGUCCUCUGUACAGUGCUGAUUAUGACGCUGUGAAAGAGAAUCUAAGAAAUUGCAGCAGGUACAGUGCAAUUCGUUGUGCUGAUGCGGUGCCUAUGUCCUCGGCAGAGGUGCAGCAGGCCUGUGAGACGACACAGGCCCCACCACCAGAGACGGAGCAAAUCAAAGCAAACCAUUCUAAUCUGGCCUCUAAACCCACCUCCAAGCAGCCCAAAGGCAUUAUGGGAAUGUUUGCAAACAAGAAUGUCUCCAAGAGUCAAGAUUCAAGCAAAGAGAUUAAAUUGGAGCAGAAAGAGGAUGCACCUGUGGUUGAGACCUCCAAAACUAAACCUGCUGCGAAAACAAAUCCUGUGAGUAACUUCUUUGGGAAACAAGCAGCCAAAAAACCUGACAAAUCCAUCAAGGAAGAGGUAGAAAUAGCCCAGACAUCCUCCUCAGUGGAUGAGAAGCCCUCUAGUCCACCUCCUAAAGCAGAGACUCCUGUCAAGGAGGAACUAGCAAAGGAUUCUGUGGUUGAGAAAGAUAUUACAAGUAAGACCAAGCGUCUUGAACAUUCUGAUAGUGAAGAGGAGAAGAACGAGAGUCGGAGGAAGAAGAGACGGAGGAUAAAGAAGCCCGAGCCAGACAGUAGUGACGAUGAGGACUCUCCUCCACAGUUGCAAGAAAAGAGGGACCCAUCACCAAGCCUUGAGAUUCAAGUAAAGAAAGAACCAGUUGCUGUUUCCCAUUCAGAUGAUCUUUCAGAUUGUAAACGAAGGAAGAGGAGACGUGUCUUGAAAUCGCGCACAUUUGUGGAUGACGAAGGAUGCAUUGUGACUGAGAAAGGCUAUGAGAGUGAAUCCUACUCCGAGACUGAGGAUGACUUUAAGUUCAGUAAACCAACACCAAAGAAUCCAAACCCACCAAAACCAUCAACUGGCAAAAAAGAGGAGGAGAAGAGAAGUAAGAAAGCUGCCGCAGCCUCUAAUAAAUCUACUAAGCAGGCUUCUAUUAUGGGAUUCUUCCAGAAGAAAUGACAGACAUACUCAUGUUGUUGCACUGAAUAAGGAGCUUGAGGCCCAAGCAGUGGCGGUUCUAGACUAUUUCAACUGGGGGGGCCAAGCUGGGGCCAGUUGUACUGUUAGAGGGGCCAGUUACAUUAGAUGGUAUUGUCAUAUUGUUUUCUUCACUGCAUUGCAGGCAUUAGCAGGCAAAAGACCAUGUUCAUAAUCAUCAUCGUUGCCACUGUCUAAUAACAGAUGUAAAAAAAAAAAGAAUGAUAGCAAAAAUUUGUUAUGUAAAAAUUAUUUCGUACUCCACAUUUAGGGGGGUCCCCCCCAGAACCGCUAGUGGGCCCAAGUGAAGAGCGUGGAUCGAUGUCCCAUCAUUUGGCAACAUUUGGUGGAAUGCUGUACUACUUCUUUUUUUUUUUUUAUCAUGCUUUUCAAUCAAUUUCCACAUUACUGUAUAUGAUCAAAUUGAAUAGAUAUAUAAAGUUGCAUUGCAAAGUACCAUCAGAGCUAAUUUAUCAUUGCAGCAUUUAUAUUAGUUUUUUUUUUUUUUUACAUUUAGUUACAAUUCUGCAAGUAUUGAAGGGUUCAUGUUGUGGUGAACCAGUACAAAACAAACAUGUCUAUGAUAUUUUUGCUGGUAGAAUAUGAUCUUCAAUGUUUUAACGUGUCUAUUCAUUAAAUCUAUUUUCAUAUAUUGUGUUCUGUACAACAUGUUAAAGCCAAGUUGAACCGUGCUCAAUAUUCACAAUAUAUGAACAAUCAUGUAACUGGUUUGUGUAGAAAAUACAGGUGUGGCAUUUCAGCUGUAUCCUGUUUUAUCUUUGAGUAAUAGGUUUGCUUCCUGUGGUUUUGACACGUCACUCAGGCUCUCAGAUUGUGAUUGAUAGAAAAUGGUCAGCUGUUGGCAAGGCUUGAAUCUGGAAGCACACUUUGGAAUCAAAUGACGUGUCUGAUCCAGUGCCAUAGCUGUGUUAUUGAUUGCUGCAUGGCUUACUACACCCGUUGAUGCAAGAGAAUACCCUUUGACAGGCUGUAUUCUGACAAAUUAUAAACCAACUCGCUGUAAGCAAUUGAAACUGGCUCUCCAGAAAUUCCCAGGAUAAGAUUAAACAAUGUUCAUGUGCUUUGGGAAUGUAUGUUUAGAUUAUUUUAAUAAAUUCAAUGGAAACAA